AUGAUCUAUUCAACAGAAAUGAAACUCAACUCUGCUAUGGCCAUCCUUGCCUUCGUCGGUGGUUCCAUAGGAUAUGUAAAGUCAAAAUCCUUGCCCUCAUUAAUAGCUGGUUCUGUAUUUGGUAUUUUAUAUUCCUCUUCUGCCUAUUUUCUUCACAAAAACGAAAAUAAACUUGGACUCGGCUUAUCUGUUAUCACUUCAAGUUUAUUAGUAGGUUCUAUGGGUAAAAAAGCAAUUGCUACUCAAAAACCAGUCCCAAUUGUUAUGAGUAGCUCUGCUUUAGUUGUUGGUCUUAUUAAUGCCAAGUCACUUUAUUCUUUUGUUAAAGAAAACUAA